CAGACUACAAGUGACAUAAGUCUUAUGGUUAUGGCCGUCAACAUUGCAAAUUUUUAAAGAUUUUCACUAGUUUCCAUUGUAUAUGUUUGUACUCAAGAUUAUAUAAAUAUGCCGAAAAAUAAAGGAAAAGGAGGUAAAAACAGGAGGAGGGGUAAAAAUGAAAACGAAACAGAAAAACGUGAGUUAGUAUUCAAAGAAGACGGUCAGGAGUACGCCCAAGUCACAAAGAUGCUCGGUAAUGGCCGCUUGGAGGCCAUGUGCUUUGAUGGCAUAAAACGUCUUUGCCACAUCAGAGGAAAACUUAGAAAAAAGGUAUGGAUAAAUCAAGGCGAUAUCAUAUUAAUUGGAUUACGAGAUUACCAAGAUGCCAAGGCUGAUGUAAUCUUAAAAUAUACACCUGAUGAGGCAAGGAAUCUUAAAACGUAUGGUGAAUUCCCAGAAACUGUACGUAUCAAUGAGACAGUUGUGUAUUCAGUCGAUGGUUUGGAUGAAGACAUUGAAUUUGGAGAUGAGGUCAGCUCAGAUGAUGAAGCAGAUCCUGUUGAUGCAGUUUGAAUCGUUUUUUAUAUCUUAAAUCCACAGUAUCUAUGUAAGUUUAUGUAAAUUUAUUUCUGUUAAAUAGAAUGAUUUGUAAAACUGUUUUUUAUUGAUUCAUCAUUGAGAUUAGAAGAUUGUCUAAACAUUUUAGGCAAAAACCACUGUAAUCAUCUUCCAAUACUUCUUGCAAAUUGCAGAAUUUUCUAUUAUUUAGUAUUAUUUAUUAUUAAUUAAAAUAGUCAUCCCACAAACUAUGAGACAACUACUAGGAAAUAUUGCACAACAUUCCUUGAAGUACCAUUUAAAACUCCUAUAGAAAAAUGUUAAAAUCUAAGGAAUGUACAUAAUUAAAUACUUUAAAACAUC